GAGACUGCUCGUGGCCACCCACAGGCACUUGUAAGGAGGAGAGAAGUCGGCCUGGCACAGACACUCUGAAAUGAGGGAUUAGAGGCUGGGAUCUAAGGAGCAAGAGCUACAGCCAGAAGACGAGGGAGCAGGCCCUGAAGACGCAUCUACUGAGAGGUCUGCCAUGGCCUCUCUCGGCCUCCAACUUGUGGGCUACAUCCUGGGCCUGCUGGGGCUGUUGGGCACCCUGGUUGCCAUGCUACUCCCCAGCUGGCGAACAAGCUCUUAUGUUGGUGCCAGCAUCGUGACCGCAGUCGGCUUCUCCAAGGGCCUCUGGAUGGAGUGUGCCACACACAGCACAGGCAUCACCCAGUGUGACAUCUACAGCACCAUGCUGGGCCUGCCUGCUGACAUCCAGGCUGCCCAGGCCAUGAUGGUGACAUCCAGUGCAAUCUCCUCCUUGGCCUGCAUCGUCUCUGUGGUGGGCAUGAGAUGCACAGUCUUCUGCCAAGAGUCCCGAGCCAAAGACAGAGUGGCGGUGGUGGGCGGAGUCUUCUUCAUCCUUGGAGGCCUCCUGGGCUUCAUCCCUGUUGCCUGGAAUCUUCACGGGAUCUUGCGGGACUUCUACUCCCCACUGGUGCCUGACAGCAUGAAAUUUGAGAUUGGAGAGGCUCUUUACUUGGGCAUUAUUUCCUCCCUGUUCUCCCUGGUAGCUGGAAUCAUCCUCUGCUUUACCUGCUCGCCUCAGGGAAAUCGGUCCAACUACUACGAUGCCUACCAGGCCCAGCCCCUGGCCACUAGGAGCUCUCCAAGGCCUGGUCAACCACCCAAAGGCAAGAGUGAGUUUAACUCCUACAGCCUGACAGGGUAUGUGUGAAGGACCAGGGGCCAAAGAUCGGGGGUGGCUGGGUCUGUGAAAAACAGUAGACAGCCUCCCCCAGGGCCACAGGUGAGGGACGUUGCCACUGGAUCAUGUCAGAAGGCGCUGCUGAGGAUAGACUGACUUUGGCCACUGGAUCGAGCAAAGGCAGGAAUGGGAGCUGGUGUGACAGCGUGCAGGCUGAACUGUCAAGAUGCUUGUCAAGCCAGACUUUCUGUUUCCUUCAUCCUGGCUCCCCAUCUCCCACCCUGAGUCCCCAACCCUCAACUCUACUCCCCUUCCCCCGAGGCCAGGCCCCAGAGCCUCCCCUUUACCUUCUGCUUUACCUGGUAAUCCAUCCCCAAACCCACUAAUCACAUGCCACUGACUGACCCUGUCUGUGAUCAAAGACCCUUCCUCUUGCUGAGGUUGGCUCUUAGCUCAUUGCUGGGGUAUGGGGGUGGGUGGGAAGAAGUGGCGGCUUCCGUGGGCAUGGCACUAACCUCCUUCUCAAGCAUCCCUGCAAAGAAACUGAUUGGCCAGUAAUGGGCCCUGGAGCCCAUCCACCCCACUCUUGCUAUGACUCCACAGUGUCUAGACUGGUUUGUGUAUGAACUGAAAUAAAGCCAUCCCACAGUACGGAGGGAACAGAGAGCAGCUGGGUGUAGAAUGAGAGGG